GACUUCAUAGUGGACACUUGGACCUUGCUAUACAAAGAAAUAAAGAAUUCAGCACCAAGUAUAAAGAGAGAUCUCCCUGACUGAGGAAAUCAACACGGGAUUCUGUUAUAAAACCACAGGAUAAAGAUGAAAUAAAUGUCUGCUGUCAAUGAUGUAUAGAUUAGUGUUACAGAAAUCUGUCACAGUGACAGGUGUUUAUCAGUGUUGUCACAUUACCCGUGUAUCCUCAGACCGGGUCUGGAUCAGUGAUUAUAUCAAUCUCAUCUUGACAAACACAGCAGGUGAUAAACUGCAUCAUCUGACAGGUAUAGGUAGUUAUUAUGGAGUACACACUGUGAACAGUGACGGUGAUUUAAUUUAUAUAGACAGUGACUAUAACAUCAACAAACUGUCUACAGAUAACAAAGUGAAAACUACAAUAAUAAAGUACACAGCACCAUGGAGACCACAGUGUGUCUACAGCUCCCCCUCCACUGGAGACCUGCUGGUCGGGAUGUGUUACUACACUAAUGGUAAAUGGACAGGCAAGUUAGUGCGGUAUAACUCCACAGGAGAAAUCAUCCAGACCAUACAGUACAACAACAACACAGGUCAGGGACUGUAUAGAUAUCCUACCUACAUCACAGAGAACCGCAUUGGAGAUGUUAUUGUGUCUGACUGGUCCCGUGGUGUAGUGGUGACAGAUCGUGGUGGAAGUCAUCACUUCUCCUACAGAGGACAUCCAUCAGGAUCAGGACUAAUACCACGUGGAAUCUGUACUGACGCGCUGUCACACAUCCUGUUGUGUGAUGAUAACACCCGGUCAGUACAGAUGUUAGACAGAGAAGGUAACUUCCUGUCAUUGAUAAAGAUACUAUUACACAGGAUAGACGGACCAUGGGGCCUGAGUUAUGAUGAUAACAAACACCUACUGUGGGUAGGGUCAUACCACAACAACACAGUGAAUAUAUACAGAGUGGUAGAUGGAGACUCUCAGACUGGUAAGUAA